AUGGACGUGGACUCAGACGAUGACUUCGAGAGGGUUUCGGUCCCUGGUGACAUCUCCGACGCUGAGUCUGACUUUGGCUAUCCUACGGCCCGCACCUCCUCAACUCCCGCGCCGUCCACACCCGCCACGACACAAGGCACACCUUAUUGUCGCGAAAAGCGCUUGAAGUGUCCUUAUGAUGGUUGCGACAAGGCCUUCAAUCGCCCAACGAGACUACAAGAACACAUUCGUUCCCACACCAAUGAAAGGCCUUUUCAAUGCCCCCACCAUCCUUGCACAAAGACCUACCUGCGCGAAAGCCACUUGAAGCACCACCUCAAGAGCGCCCACUCCGAGAUUCGAGAUUUCAAGUGUUCACAUGAAGGCUGCGACAAGGCUUUCGCUACAGGCCAGCGACUGAGGGUUCAUCAGGCUACUCAUCAAGGCAAGAACAACUACGUCUGCCGCGACUAUCCACCCUGCAACCAAGUCUUCCGCAAGAAAGAGACUCUUCAGCGCCACGUUCAGACUGCUCAUGAGAGCACGUUGCCUUUCCCGUGCACCAAAAUUGAUACACGGACCGGUCAACCUUGUAAUAAGGCCUACGACACCGCCAGUAAGCUGGCUACCCAUGACCGUUCGGUCCACGAUCCAACCCGCUUUUCUUGCGAUCAGUGUCUGGCCCACAAUGCUGCCAUUGCAGCCGAUACGAGCCUGACCGAGGCACAGAAGAUCGCAAAGUCAAAGUCGGCUAACUUCGCAACGUACGCCGAGCUCCAGGACCACAACUCUAACGAGCAUCCCCCAACCUGCUCCAAGUGUGCACUGCCAUUCAACACCUCUCGGGAGUUGACACGGCAUAACGAACUCAUCCAUGGUGUUGUCAAUCCCAACACUAAGCCUUCAAAUCGUGUGAGUUGUCCCGAGCCAGGAUGCGACAAGACGUUCUCCCGCACCGGCAACCUCAACAUUCAUAUCCGAACUGCCCACGAAAACCGCCGAGACUUCAUCUGUGGCCAGUCUGACAUAGCCCUUGGCGAUGUCUCGGCCGGCACAGAGGUCACUGGCUGCGGUCGUGACUUUGCGUCCAAGGCUCAGCUUGGUGAGCACGUACGCACAGUUCAUCUUGGCCUUGAGAGUGCUCAAACCCUACGGACGAAACGCAAGCGUCGGAGUGGUGGCUUUCCUCCCGAAGCCAAGAAACCUCGAAAGGACAAGGGCAUCCGCAAGACUGCCGCUAUUUCGGGCUCCGCACCUCCACAUGAGCGGUUUCCUUUUGGCAACGAUGAAGACGAGGACGGGACUAUGGCCGACAGUAUCCUGCUUGACGACGAAGACAAUGAGCUAGACGGAUCGAUGACCAUGUAUGGAAGCAUGCUCUAUGACCCGAACGGUGCCUACCGUUAUGACGAUGGCGAGUAUCCAGCUAGCAGCCAGCAUUCGCAGUCCCCAGCACUCAUGACCAAGCAACCCUUUCCGCAAUUCCAGACCAACGAGAUCUUAAAUGACGGCAACACUUACCAAUCAUCCUCUUAUGGACCGGAGCAUUUCGAGUGCGACCUCGAUCUGAAUACCGAGACACAUCCCGGCGCUUUCACUCUCGAGCCAGAGAUGUCAAACGCUCUAGACCCGGCGCUAUUUCUUUCCACGCCCUCGCAACAGCAGCGGGGCCUUUCCUCUUCGCGUCACUAG